UUAGAUCAGCAGUCGAAAUUAGAAGAAGCCGAGAUAGAAGAAAUGGUGUGGUUAGAAACAACACAGGAAGAAACCGGGGUCAUUUCUAACAAUCAAAAUGCUCAGCCUGACGUACAAAAUGAUAUGACUAAUCAUAUUCAGGUGAACAACCGUACGGAUUCUGUGAGAAAUAUAAAUUUGACACAGCCCAGACCGGAAAUGAACAGAUCGUGUAUACCGGAAGUUGACAGUGAGACAUCAAACAUAGACAGAUCAUUUCAAAGAUUGGCGUCAGCACUCCAUGAAGGAUUCAACUUACCGAAGCCAGAACUAUUGACAUUUGAUGGGAAGCCUGAAGGAUACUGCAAAUUUAUCAAAAACUUUGAAACAAACAUUGAAAGCAGAAUAAGUGACAAUAAUUUAAAGCUAAGUUAUCUCAUUCAGUAUUGUACAGGUAACUGUGCAGAGUUAUCACUGUGUAACAAGUUCAAGUCAAUGAGUCUCAAUGAUCGUUAUAAACUGGUAAGAUCACUUAAAUUGUGUUACAAUUGUUUAAAAGGUAAACAUUUUACAAACAAGUGUAGAAAACCAAAAAUAUGUAAUGUUACUAAUUGUAAUGUCAAACACCACAUUUUAUUACAUAGUUGGGUAAAACCCGAUAAUGGCCACACAGCAGUGCAGUCGUCGUGUAACUGUGCAGCAACAGAAGGUUCUACUGUAAAAAAUUGUCUGGGUAUUAUUCCUGUAAUAGUUAGGGGUGGGGACGGUAGUUCUUGUCAGACAUAUGCCCUGCUAGAUGAUGGGGCCGAUAAAACCUUAUGUGAUGAAAGAUUGUUACGGAGCCUGAAUAUAACCGGUAAGCCCGUCACAUUCCGGAUGUCUACGGCAAACUCACGUGAAGGUAUUAUACAUGGUCAGGAGGCCGACUUAGAUAUUCAACCUAUCGAUGGAAAUGAAAGUAUUACCCUAAGAAAAGUCUGGUCAGUAAAGUCAUUACCGAUAUCAACUCGAUCUGCAGCUAAAUAUGCAGAUAUCCGAAACUUACCGUACUUAUCCGGUAUAAAUAUUCCAGAUAUAGACACUAUUGACGUUAUGAUGUUAAUAGGGACGGAUUCACCUAUUGCACAUAUACCGCUAGAAGUGAAAUUCGGAAAUAGCGAUGAACCGUACGCGAUACGCACUCGUCUUGGAUGGGCUAUACGCGGUCCAGUCCCAACUAUGAAAGAAUCCAACGAUAUUAAUAUAAAUUUCUUUGAGUCACGUGACAUGUUGUUACAGCAACAAAUUGAUCGUUUGUGGACAGCUGACUUUAAUGAUAAAUCACAAGUGAAGAGUUGCAUGUCUGUAGAAGAUAAAAAUGCUAUGAAAUCCAUGGAGUCAACUUUAACUCGCGAGGAUGGUCAUUACAAGCUUGGUCUUCCUUGGCGUGAUGGAAAUUCAUCAUUCGUAAAUAAUAUACCGCUUGCUCAAGCCAGAUUACAGCAGUUGAAGCGCAAGUUGUCAAGUGACAAUAAUUUGCAUGAUAUGUACAGAACUACUGUAAAUGGUUACAUUGCAAAUGGAUAUUCAUCGGAUGUAGAUCACAUGGUAUCAGAGAAAACGCGUGUUUGGUAUACGCCGCAUCAUCCAGUAACAAAUGUAUACAACGCUUCUGAGACAGACAAAUUAGAUGUUUGGCUGCAUGGACCAACAUUUCUUAGUAAAGGUAGGGAACACUGGCCUAAGUAUUCAGGUAAUAAUAUCCCGGAAGUGAGUGAAGAUGAUGUCGAGGUUAAGAGAGAAAUUGCUAUUAACGUUACCACUUGUGAUACUAUUGGGAAGAUAAUUGAAUACUACUCUGAUUGGUUCAAACUUAGACGUGCAGUGGCAUGGUUUUUGAGAUACAAGGAUUAUUGCAAACAGCGAUAUCUGCAUCAUGAUGUAGUGGUUGAAAAAGGUAAUCUCACCUUGUCUGAACUUAAGACAUCUUCUCACGCAGUUGUGAAAUACGUUCAGAUGGAAUGCUUUGCCGAAGAGGUAAUAAACUUGCAAACAGGAACUCAUGUUAAAGGUGAAAGUCCGAUAGCUUCAUUAAAUUCAAUACUUAAAGAUGGUUUAAUACGUACAAAAGGACACAUUAUUUACCAUGAUGAAACGAAAUGUCAAAUCAUUCUACCGAAACGGCAUCAUUUAACUACUUUAAUGAUACGUUUUUACCACGAAAGUCAAGGUCACGUCGGAGUACAACAAGUUUUAGCAGCUACACGAACAAGAUACUGGAUAAUAAAUGGACAUAGCGCUGUCAAACAGGUAGUAAGGAAUUGUGUACCAUGUAAACGCAAGAACAAUCCGCUUUGUAAGCAACAGAUGGGACCGUUACUUGAUGAGCAAAUCACACCAGAUAAACCACCGUUUUCAUUUAUCGGCAUAGACUUUUUUGGUCCUUUGAUGGUAAAAUCAGGAAAGUCACAAGUAAAGAGAUAUGGGUGUAUUUUUUCUUGUUUAACAUCAAGGGCCGUCCAUUUAGAAGUUACUCAUAGUUUGAGUACAGAUUCGUUUAUCGCCGCAUUGCAACGAUUUAUUAGCCGGAGAGGUCUACCGGAAAAGGUAUAUAGUGACAACGGAACCAAUCUAGUAAGUGGAGAUUGUGAAUUACGCAAGUCCUUACGAGAGUGGAAUCAAUCCGAAAUUGGACAAUUCAUGUUGCAGCGGGAAAUCGAAUGGAACUUUAACCCUCCGUCAGCUAGUCACAUGGGCGGUAUAUGGGAACGGAUGAUACGAUCGACACGUGCAAUUUUGAGAUCGUUAGUCAAAGAGCAGCUUCUGACAGAUGAACAACUUCUUACUGUUGUAACAGAGGUUGAAAAAAUACUUAAUGAUAGACCCAUUACCCGAGUAAGCGAUGACCCAAAAGACCCCCCAGUUUUAACUCCAAGCAUGAUUUUAUUACUAAAGUCCAAUACAUGUAUUCCACGUGGCAUUUUUAGAAAAGAAGAUACAUAUGCAAAGAGAAGGUGGAGACAGGCUCAGUAUCUUGCUGAUAUAUUCUGGAAACGAUGGAUUCGGGAAUAUAUACCUACCCUACAAUCUCGACAAAAAUGGCUGAGACCACAAAGAGAUAUCCGUGAGGGCGAUAUUGUACUCGUGGCUCAGGAAAACAUACCAAGGGGGCAGUGGCCGUUGGGCAGGGUUGUAACUAUAAAUGUGGGUCGGGACGGGCAUACACGAAGCUGUGUGGUCAAAACUAGUAUGUCACAAUUCUUAAGACCAAUAACUAAACUUUGCCUACUAGAAUGUUCUAUUUAAGUAAAGGUAUACAUUACAAUAAGCUAUUGUUUGUAUAAGAUGAAAUCGUAACGUUUCAUGGUGGGGAGUGUAAGAAUUAUAGUUCUUAAUUGUAAAUUUAUUUAUUAUAAUCACAUAAUUUUCAUAGUUUGAUUUUUUCGAUAGUUUUACUAUUAAAAACAUUGUUUGACUCUUUCAAUUUAACAUAGCUUCACUAUUUCCGCCAAACGUAACGUCUUAUUUUGUUUCCCGUAAAGAGACGUCAUUAAAUUGUUUACGGUGACGUCAUUAACCGUUACUUUGAUAUGUUGUUUUGCCUUGGGCGGAAGUGCUUAAAUUGUUGAUGUGUUUAGUUUAUUGAUGUUUUCCAAUGGAAAGUAGAUCAUAAUCGGUAAGCAAGUUAUUAAUUAUGUAUGAAUUUUAAUAGUAAAUUCAAUAUUGUUUAAAUGAUGAUGAACUUUACAAUAUUUGCCGUGAAUUAAAUUAUAAACGGAAUUAUUCGCGGAAAUAUAAAAUAACAAUAUUAUUUUAAUAGAUUUAAGUCUAUAAUUGUAAAGGUGAUAUCGUAUAUUCAUGAUUUGUAUUAGCAUUAUUAUUUUAGACAAUUUAUUGUAUUUUAUUUUAAAUGCGUUGUAAUUAGUAUUUAGUUUGUUUAUUUAUUAUUUUCAGAGAAUCGCAUUGUUGUAUCACAUUGAUAUAUUAUUCCAUGAAUGAGAAUAAAGAAAAGUGUUGAAAUCUGCGCAUUCUUGACUAUUUUUAACGGAAAACAUC